AUGGCGCGCGGCGAUGAGCACCGCGACGCCGACGCCGAGACCUCGGGGCGGUCGACGCGCGCGGGCGAGGACGCGGACGCGCGCGCGCGCGAUGAGACGAACGCGCGGCGGCGGGCGGCGAACGAUGCGGCGACGGUGAUCGAUGAACGGUGGCGAGCGAUGUGCGCGCACGCGCGCAUGGACGCGAACGAACGCGCGCGAGGGUUUCACGCGCUGGCGGACGCGAUCGAACGGGCGGAGAAGUCGUUCGAGGACGCGAGAGGGGCGGAGGCGAGCGCGCGUCGGGCGCAGGACGGCGGGACGAAGCGGGCGGACGCGUUGCCGAGCGAACGGGAGUUCAUGCCCGCGAUCGUGGAGUACGCGGUGGGGGAGAAGAUGUUUACGUGUGAGUUGCGAGAGCAAGCGGGGGCGAUGCGGGUGUUGCGAGCGUGCGGAUUGGGGAAGCGUUUGCGGGGACAGACGAAUGACAUCUUGGGCGAAGAGGCGACGCGGAGAGACGUGUACGCGAACGUCUUGAGCGAGCUCGCUUUCGGUGGACGCGCGGCAGAGCGAGCGCUUGAGAGAAGAGCGUCCGAGGGAGCGAACGCGGAGGGACCGGCGCGGACGCUGGACGCGAGACGACUAAAGGUGUACGCCAUGGGCGCCUUUGCGUCGCUCCUCGUCACCGACGAAGACGGGGUCUCGAGCGAACACAUCAAGAACGGUGUCAUGGAGGGACUGUUGAAGCCCUUGGUGAAUCUGAUUUGUAAAGAUGGCGCGGGCGUUGAUGCGUGGGAGGUGGAUGAGAAGGACUCGAUGGAUCUGGCGCUCGCCGCCGGCGACGAAUGCCCGAGCGGACUUCAAGCGGGCGACUGCGAACAUCUCCAUCGAGCGUUGAUGCAGGCGCGAUUGAUGUGCGUCGGGGGUAUCGGGGACUACGUCGAGUGUUUCGCCGAGGCGCUGCAGCAUGGGGUGUUGGAACUAUCGAUGCGGCUUUUGACGGGACCGACAGAGUCUGGUUGGCACGAAUCGUACGGAACCGCGCGUCGCUUCAAGUUAGCCGGACACCUCCCCGGAGAUCCCCAGCUUCCCGAAGCGCUCGCCGUGAUCAGUGCAUUUUUGGCGCACAGGAAGUUCGCCAUUACAUUCAUAGAAAACGGCGGCGCCAAGCUCAUGCUGAACGUCCCGCGCGGACCGAUGACGUAUUACAACUUGACGCGCUGCAUGUUCGGCAUCGCGAGCAUCACCACGGCGCUCGAGAGAUUGGUCGCGCCCUCGAUCGAUUUAUCGAGGCGUUACGUGAAGAUGGCGCUUGAGCUCCUUCAGUGCGAUAACGAGUACGCGCGCCGACACGCGGCGCUGUUUCUGACGUUUGCCGUGCAAAUUCCAAUCGUCGUGGUGGCCUUUGACGCAGAGGCUGGUCUCAAACUGGUACUCGACACGCUUCGCACGACGGCUCACAUCGUAACCCACGAAGAGUCUAUGCUCGAAAUGACGACGCCACAGGAGAUCGCGAUGGCCAAGGAGACCGGUGAUCAUGUCAGUUUGCUACUCCGCCAAUACAUGCGAGCGCACUUUGUCACCCACGUCAAAGCCAUCGAGGAAAAGGUUUCGGGUAAAUCCAAGAAAAACGAUGCGCUGAAGAGUAAGACGACUGAUACUGCGGCGAGACGGGCGAUGUUUCGGGCGAUGGACAUCGGACACGACGCGACUGAUCGACUAUUCAGCAUGGUGAGUCGCCAGAAAAGAAUCGCCGCCGUCAUGCAAGCAAAAACGUGGCUCGUGAUUGAAGCCUUUUGCGCGCAGGGAGGACCGAUGGUGUUGUUGGAUCUACUCACGAAGGCUCCAGGCGAGAAGUCACUUCGAGAGUGCGUUUUGGGAUCUCUUAGCGUGCUUAAGCUCGUGACGCUACAUCCGACAGGUCGAGUCGCGACGGCAAAGGCGCACUUUGGAGAGUAUUUUUCAUCGGGUUACAUUCUCAUGGAUAUCAUCGAGUCUGCGGCAGAGGCAGUCGACACCGAGGCUGUCGUUGAAGCGCUUAAAGUUAUUUGCAAUCUCGUCAUCGCGCCUCUAGCGCUUUCCGCAUCAGAACACAAAUCUCAUAAGGAGAAAGCGUCGGUUCCCAUUGGUGGCCCGUUGCAACGAACGCAUAGUGCGGGCGGUAAUCUGACCGUGUUCGAUUACGCGCGCCUCGAAGAGACUUACGUGAAUGGAAGACAGAAUAUUGCGCAAGCUUACGGGGUAAAGGUGUUGCUGAAGUUGCUAUUUAAAACGUCCAAGGUGUUGCCGCAGCCAUCGAUGAAUAUUUCACGCGCGCUUUGCUGUCGCGUACUCCUGGGGCUCACGAGAGAUCAAUCCAUAGCCAACACGCUGCAGACGCUACAAAUAGCUCGCAUGCUAUCAGAACUCGUGAGAGAGACUGGUCUCGGUCGUAGUUCAGCGCUCGAGGAGGAAGUCAUAGUGGACUCUAAGCGUGAGAGUGGGACUGGUUCAGCGGCUACAGUUCAAGCCGCGGCGGCGGAAUUCCAUCGCUGCGCAGUUGAACUCAUCGCUGCCACGGCUGGAUUUGCGAACGUGAAAGCUACCACUCCGGCUGUUGCUUCAGACGCCGCGGCUCCACCGCUCGCGAAACUUGAGCGACACUUGAUUGCGGCGUCGACGAAGGUUCGAUAUCCGCACGAAGAGUUGCUGCUAAUCAUGCACGAGCAUCUCGUUUCUGCUGGAUUGACGAAAACCGCGGCAUCCCUCGUGAAUGAGGCGCGACUUGCCCGCCCGGAAACUGGCACAAAUAACGCUCGAUCGUGCGACUCUCCAGCGCCGCGUUUGAAGCUUAACUUCAAAAAUAAGCAGGCUCCGAGCAAGUUGCGCCGGCGCGCUCCGCGGUCCAGAAUGACCGGUGCGGCUCGCGGCAUGCUCGGUAAAGUUGAUGAGCCAUUCACACUUGGCCUUGAUCAAGGACCGUCCGAGACACUCCUCCGCGAACUGAGUGGGGCGGCGAGGACGGUCAUCAAGCAACCGCUAACGCCCACGCUUUCGAAGCGAGGUGUGAAGCGCACGCACUCAACCGAGGAAACGCGAGUGCACUUGGCCGAGGACUUGCGCAAAUCGUUGACAACCCCAACAUUGCAAAGUACGGAGGCAUGCUGCGAUCAUCAGACGCCUUCUCCGGCUGUGAAAGAACGUUUCCAUAAGGAGUUCCCGACACCUGGCGUUCUCGUCGCAGAGGGUCCGCGAGGAGAGACGGGAUGUGGCGUACGUUCUCGCCUUGACUCGAUCUUGACGCAGUAUCUACGUGCGCAACACCGCCAGUGUAGCGCCCCAAUCACGGCAUGUGCUCCAUUUUCGCUGUUGACGCCGCAUCAGUGUCCACAGCCGAAGCGCAGUUUGGAGGCGCCGAGAAACUUGAGCUCUCGUCUUCGACAGCGCGAAUGGACGCGCGCUUCAGGUCUAGAAAUGGGAAUGCGGCGAGCCGAUCGGCACUUCGUAAACAGUAGAUUCAGACCCCUACGAACCUUGCGGACCGACGUCGAUUCUCUUUUCUCAGCGGUGUCAUUCGUGCAUGGAAUAGUCGACCAAGUCGUCGUGGGGACCAAUGAAGGAGAGAUCCAGGUGUUUGACUGCAUUUCAGGAGAGAUUUUGGAGAUCAGUAGCGACGCUAUGCACGGGGGCUCCAUUCGUAAAAUCGUAGCAACCGGUCCAAAGUGUCCAAAGCCGAUGUUCGCCGUGACAUCGGUGCGGGGUAUCUCUCUCUGGAGCCUUCCGAACAGUGACGAGGUACCUGAAAUGAUAUGGGACAAAGACGGAAGAGCCGGAAGACGCGGAUACGGAAUCGCUGUUGACUCGACAGGUUCGACUUUCGCUGUAGGAGCGUUUGACAAAGAUUUAGACAUUAUGGAUACAGAGACGAAGACUGCGAUACGUAGUCUCUCGUGGAAGACGGUGGGCCCACCGCUGAUAUCAAAGAACAACGACGAGCUUUCUUUCUCGCCCAGUGACAACUUGCUUCUGUGGGACGAGACACUAUGGGACGUGCGCAUUCGUGAUGGCCCGCCGAUUCAACGAUUUGAUAGAUUUUCCGAAGCCUCGGGCGCGUGUUUUCAUCCCGGGGGAAAUGAAAUCAUCAUCGGUAGGGAGGUUUGGGAUAUCCGAUCAUCGCGUCUCCUGCGAACCGUGCCUGCGCUCAACCGAGCUGCGCUGAAGUUCAAUCACUCUGGUACCGUCGGCUUGGCUCACAUCUUACACCCACGAAACGAAGAGCUCCUGUGGGGUCUUCGAAAGUGUCAUCAUCCGUACAAACACUCAUUUUGCACGAUAGACGCCAUGGAUUACUCGGACAUUUGUACAGUGGAUGUCACCUACGGCAUGAUUGACGCGUGCUGGGACGUCAGCAGCGACACGUUAUGUGCCACGGUUGAGUACGAUAUCCUGGACACGCACGAAUCGGUUGUUCGCCUUCAUGAGGUCGGAAGACUCAGACUUCGCGAGGACGAGUCCGAUAUGGAGGAAGAUCCGCACGAUAACGGAAUGGGGAUGAUGGAUCGAGAUCUCGCUUCGGAUGACGACGAGUGGGAAGACGCCGAAUGGGGCGACGAAGGCGAAGUCGAUGCGGACGGAAGGCGAACAAUCAACGACGCGCGCGUCGCACGUCAAAUCGCAAGUCUCCGAGAGAUCGCCGGUAUCGACAGGUCUGAGGAAUCGAGCGAAUACGACUCUGAUUUCAUCGACAGCGACGAUGAGGAUAGUGAGGACGAUGACGACGAUAAUCCAGAUCCGUACGCCAGACUUGUUCGCGUCUUGAACAGAGUGAACACAGGCGGCGGCGCGCAGUUCGAAUUCGUCGGGCUACGACCGGGUAGUUUGCUAGAGCGCCGGCGCCUCGCCGCGUCCGAGCGCGAGAGCGAACGCGGCGUCGGACGAGACAUUUCUAACAUCCAGGACGACGGUGACGACGACAAUGCGGACGAGGACGAAGAGGACGGUGAAUACGACUCCGACGCCUCCUGGGAGACCGAUGACGGCGCGGAUGAACACAUGCAAGACGAAGACGACGAAUAA